AUGACGAAAAUCACAGGUUCCUGCUCAAACAGUUUCCUGAGACUUAUGGUAACCCCAGAUGUUUACCAUGCUGAAAUAUUAACAUGUGUCCCUGUGAGAAGGCCAUUGGAUGUUCCUUCCGCCCUUCCAAAAUUAGGAAAAGUUUUAUCACACUCCGGAUGCGUCUGUAAAACAACAAAAGGAUACGUAUUAAUUGAAUAUAUGUCAGCCAACCAAGUCUUCGUUUCCAAAGUGUACAAUUUUAUGAACGGUAUGAAGGAAUUUGAUUUUAAGAAGUAUCAUUUUAAAUUAGACAUCGUAGAACCACAAGUUCCAAAUACAAAAGUAACAGUUAAGGAGUUUACUGAGAAAAUGAUCGAAUUUACCAAAGAUAAACAAUUUGAUACUUUUAGCCAUAACUGCCACCAUGCUAGAUAUGAUACAAUGCGUUUUUAUGGCAUGCAAUCAGAUAAUCCCGAUGCUGGCAAAUAUAAUUUAUUCUAUCAAGGUUUUGUUGACUAUUUCAAGAAAGAAUAUAGAAUUUAA